UAAUUCUCGAUAAAUUUGAAUAACGGACAUUCUCACACGUCGAAAUCUACCGAAGUGUUCUCGAACUCCGAACUCCGCCGCCAAAAGUACUCGCCUUAGUCUCCCACCGUUAUUUUCAAAAUGGCGGCGUUAUUUUGACCGUUGUGCAGUGUGUAACAAAGAUCAAAACUUUGACGUUUUGACACAAAAGGGAUACUGUAUAAACAAGCACAGUCUAGCAGCGGAAAUGUAUGGAGGACAACAAGGAGAAAGACGUGUUUUUUCAGAGACAUUUUCUGAUGAUUCUCUUGGUGAAUCGACUCGCUCGUUGCUUUCUCCAGUUUAUGGUAAUGGCGGUCAAAUUGAAGAACCAGAAUUAUCUGAAGGUUCUUUGAGCGGUGACGAGGAGACAGACGACGAAAAAGAGUAUAGCCUCGAAUUCGAGAGAUCUCACAGCACACCGAAGAACAAGACCAAAACAUCCAGGAGUUACACGACUCCGAUUUCAUCAUUUUCAGGACGAAAAAAAUCAGUCAGUAAAAAUACCAGAUCUGUAUCGAGAUCAAAUACAGAUGGCCGCACAGCUAAUAGCUCUAAAACAGUCGAAAACAAAACCGACUGCCUUUCACCAUGGGAAACCUGGCUUGUGAAAAAGACAGCUGAAGAUCGUGAGAAGAUGAAACAGAAAAGACUUGAAAAAAAGAAAGCACGAGAGGAAACUGAAAAGGAGAAACGAGACAGAGAAGAACUUUUGAAAAUUGCAAGCGAGAAGUACAAUGAAUGGUUAGAAAGCAAAAAGAAGUCAAUUGCUGAGGAAAGGAGAAUAAAACAACAGCAAGAAAAGUUGGAAAUGGUAAAGAACGAGAAUUUAAACCGCUCAACUCAAGAGAAAGCAGUAGUGAAAUACAACAACUGGCUGGAAGAAAAGAAAACACAGGAAAAUGAGAAAAAAAGAAAAGAGGAGGAAGAAGCAAGAAUAAAGAAAGACAAAGAAGUGACAAGGAAACUGAAUAAUGAGGAAGCUUAUGGCAAGUGGAUUGCAGAAGUAAAGGAAAGACCUAGACCUGUUUAUAACAGCUUUGGUUAUACAGGAGGGAUGUUGACAGGGUAUUACGAGUGGGGGUCAUAUCCUGCACCAAGUUAUUGUAAUCCUAUUCCUUGGAUGCCACCAAAAAUAAAAAGAAGCAGUGACAGAAUAAAAGGCAAGGUGGAACUGCAGCCCCCAUCUCCACCUCUCCUCUUCAGAGACAUUGAAAACAGGAAAGCUAAGGGGAAGAAGAAAUGACUGCUGGGAAAUGUUAGCUGUUAUUUAAAUUCAAGAAAGUUUUUCUUUGCCUAGACCGCAUAAAAUUCAUCAUUUUCUGAUAGGACAUGCCUGAUAGCUGAAGUUAUUAUUAAAUAAUUUGUAAGAUUGUAUUUGUCAAAUUUGAUAUUUAUUUACCAAUCAUAUUUUUGUAAUUAAACACCCAUCCCCAGAAAGACAGCAGGUUGCCUAUGUUGGUCCAGUGGAAUAAAUGAAUGGUCUGCACAACAACUGCUUUAGUUGAGUUUUGGUGUGUUAUUUCUACAGGUUUGCACACCACUUAUGCCCACACUGCAAAAUAUUGGUCAAUUUGAAUUGGGCAGCUGAAGUUCGUUAUUAUUCAAUGCAUGUGGCAUACAUCACAAGCUCAAGAAGUGUAAUUUCUUCAACAUUUUAUGAAGUAAAUAGAAACCUUGCUCCACAAGCAUUGUUAAAACACUUGGGAACCCUGAGAAAUGCAAGAAGCAGUUGGAUGUGCCUUCUGCUUGUCCAUGGAUUUCUCUUGUCUAUUUUAGACUUUGGGCAGUCCCUCUUCAGCUUGGUCCUGACUCCAUCGAGCCUGACACAAAAUUGAGUGAGAGAAAAAUUGUCUGAGCUGCUCACCCGCCAU